GAGUAGACCCAUAACAUUGAAUGAACUCUUCACUUUCAAGUCAUAUAUUUCUUGAUUUCCUCUUUCUUACAAGGCAAUUCCAGUUUUGGUUCUUACAUGAAUUUUUGAAAAAGAAAAAUUAAAUCAAUUUUUUUCAGUUUAAAUGUAGCUGAAAAUUACAUUUCAAGAGUGCAAGAAAAUCUUGGGAGAGUAGAUCAGAGUUCAUAAUGGCAGAAACUGCCAAGUAUGGAUUGGAAAGUGAGAUUGGGUGUGGGUUUAUGGGUGCAUUUUUUCAGUUGAAGGGAUUCAGGCCAAGAAACUCUGUAAUGUUUCAGGACAGUCCAUGUUCCAAGAAGCAAUUGGAUACCUCAAAAUCAGCUAAACCUCAGUCUGUUCGAGGCAAAAAGACUCUGUCCAAGCCGGUUCCAGUUAGGCCAAGAUUGUCGAAUUGUCGUGAUCAGGACCGAGCAGGCAGAGCUUCCGAUGCUGCAAGAAGCUCGACGUCGUCCUCCAACAACUCUGGCUCAAACAAAAGGUUGACAAGACGACACACUCAGGAACCAACCUUUACCUCUAGUGAACUGAGCUUGGCACUUGCUGAUCAACGAAAGAUCGAUGCAAACAGCAGCCUUUAUCGAGCUUCAACGGGCAAUGUCAUGCUUUUAGGCCAUUUGGGCAGCUUGAAGCAGCACGGGAAAAGCGGUAAACAUGAUCAGAAAGUUGCGGUCGAGGGAAACGUUAGGAAGAGGGCAGUGGACACAAGCUACUACCAACUUGGGAAUAUAUUGCAUAGUCCGAGGAAUAGAUUGAAUCCCGAUGUUAUCAAGUCAUUAGGAAAUGAGAAGUACAAGCAGGGGAAGUAUGAGGAGGCAUUAGCGCUGUACAACCAAGCGAUUGCCAUUGAUCCGAGCAAAGCUUGCUAUUACAGCAACAAGAGCGCUGCGUUGAUGGGCUUAGGCCACUUUGUGGAGGCCGUUUCUCAGUGCAGAGAGGCUAUUCGUAUAGAUUCUUCGUACCAUAAUGCUCAUUGUCGGCUGGCGAAAUUGUACUUAAGAUUGGGAGUAGCUGAGAAAGCAGUUCACCACUUCAAAUGCUCGGGACGGAAGGCCAGCCCUGAGGACAUUGCUCAAGCUCAGGCUUUCAAGAAUUGCCUUGACAGGUGCAUUGAGGCUCAGAAUCAUGGAAACUGGGGAAAACUGCUUGAUGAGUGCCAGAUGGCCUUAUCCCUCGGCGCAGAUUCAGCUCCACAGAUUUACGCGAUGAAAGCAAAGGCCUGGAUGAAAUUCCAUAGACACCAAGAGGCGUACACCGCUUUACAAAAUUCACCACUUUUCAACACUGAACUCUAUGCUGAGUUGUUAGGCUCCUCUGCUAUAGCCAGUCUGUUAGAAGUCCAUGCCCUUGUUUACAUGGCUAACGGCAGAUUUGAGGAUGCAGUGGCUGCCGUUCAGCACGCCAUACGUCUUGAUUCCAGCAAUAGCAUGAACUUAACUGCAGAAACAGUAAAAUCCGUGGCAUCAGCUCGAUUAAAUGGAAACAGACUAUUCAAGGGAUCCAGGUUCUCAGAGGCUUUAGUUGCAUACAACAAAGGGCUGGAGAAAGAUCCAUACAACUCCAUUUUGCUAUGCAAUCGUGCUGCUUGCCGAUCUAAACUAGGACAGUAUGAGAAAGCAGUGGAAGACUGCACCGCAGCCCUUACUGUCCGUCCUUCCUACAGCAAGGCCAGACUGCGUAGAGCUAAUUGCAAUGCUAAGUUUCUAAUUCUUGAUGUAGUUGGAAAAAUGGGAUGCUGCAAUUCAAGAUUACGAGUUGCUGACACAAGAAAUCCCGGGAGACGAAGAAGUGAGGGCCGCCCUUUUGGAAGCGAAAAUGCAGCUCAAUAAGCUGCAGGUGGCCAUGGUUAACAUUGAGGACAAGUGCGGCACUUAGCCAAAGCAGAGGUUGUGAAGUUGUUCAGACAUUUAGAAUACACACAAAUAUUAAGGAAAUUCCAGGAGACAGUGCUGACAGGUUUAGCAAAGUAUAAGGUUAUACUGCACCUGAUUGAAGGACAAAUACAGAUCAAACAAUAAAACAGCAUAAAAAUGCAUCAAAGCUGUAAUGGAUACAUA